GAGUGCACAAGAGUAGCUCUCCAUGAAAGAGACGUACAGUAGAGAUCAUUGCCAUAACAGGAUAACAUGAGAGUCUAUCUAGCAGUCAUUGCGCUCCUGGCUGCAGUUCAAUGCAAGGAGCUCUUUAAUGGAGACCAUGUUCUCAAAGUCCAUGCAGAAUCUGAAGACCACAUUCAGAUUUUGAAGGAGCUGGAAAGAGAUGUGAAUUCUGGGCUGGAUUUCUGGACCCAUGCCGUCUCUACUGAACGACCUGUUGAGAUCCGUGUGCCUCACUCCAGUCUGAAUGCUGUCAAGGUUUUCCUCAAGAAAAACAACAUCCAUUUCACUGUCAUGAUCAACAAUGUGCAGGAACUUUUGGUCAGAGAGAGAGAAGAAAUGGUUCACAAUGCAGAAAUGGAACGCAAGACCAAAAGCUUGAAUUUUGCUGCUUAUCAUGACCUCGAGACUAUUUACAAGUUUAUGGACACCCUUGUUGCAAAACACUCUAACUUGAUCUCUAAAGAGAAGAUUGGCAGCACUUUUGAGAACCGUACCAUGUAUGUCUUGAAGUUCAGCACUGGUGGAGAGAAAAAACCUGCAAUCUGGAUUGAUGCUGGAAUCCAUGCGAGGGAGUGGAUUUCUCACGCUACUGCAGUGUGGCUUGCUGACAGGAUUGCCACAGACUUUGAGGAAAACCGUGCCCCUGUGCCCAGUAUCCUUGGACACGUGGAUAUUUUCUUGAUGAUUGUUGCCAAUCCUGAUGGAUACGUGUUCACUCACCGCUCUCCCAAUACGCAUUACCGUUUUUGGCGUAAGAGUCGAUCUGUGACCUCUAACCCCAAAUGCCCUGGUGUUGACCUCAAUAGAAACUGGGAUGCUCAUUUUGGUGAACCUGGAGCAAGCAAUGACCCCUGCGCUGAAGACUACCACGGUCCAUCUGUUCAGUCUGAGAUUGAAGUGAAAAACAUUGCAGAUUUCAUCAUGAGCCAUGGCAACUUCAAAUCCUUCAUGACCCUCCACUCCUUCAUGCAGGUCUUGAUGUAUCCCUACGGCUACAGUGACACAGAUGCUCCUGACAAGACUGAACUGCAUGAUGUGGCCACGCAGGCAAGUCAAGCUCUCAAAUCCUGGCAUGGCACCGUUUAUAAAGUUGGAAGCAUUUUCCACACUAUUAAACCAGCUAGUGGUGCAAGUGUUGACUGGGCUUAUCUACAUGGCAUCAAAUAUUCCUUUGCUUUUGAGUUGCGCGACACUGGCAAAUAUGGAUUCCUCCUGCCUGCCGACCAGAUCGUUUCCACUGCAAAGGAGACAUGGCUUGCUCUCAAAUACAUUAUGAAAUAUGUUUGUGACAACCCUUACUGAUAGAAAUGUAUAAACUUCAGUAAAGUCCCCAG